AUGGCGUUUGAAAAACGCAGAUCCGACGACCGGAAGCGAUGGAUUAGCGAGAGGCUGCGGUCGGUGCAAUCGCCAGAAGCAACGCAGAACGGUACAUCUGCGAAUGAAGCGACAUUCUCAGAAUUUGUGGACCAUGAGUUGUUUCGAUAUUCACUGCUUGACUUAAAGCGAUCAAUUCCCUCCGUUGUCGAUGGUCUAAAACCAUCACAACGAAAAGUGAUGCACACGUUACUACGUAGAAAUUCCAAUAAGGAGAUUAAAGUGAAUCAACUUGCUGCGGCUGUCGCUCUCAACGAGGCUUAUCAUCAUGGAGAGGCAACUUUAGUAACAACUAUAGUGAGAAUGGCACAGGAUUUCGUAGGGAUGAACAAUGUGUGUCUUCUGGAACCAUUGGGGCAAUUUGGUACCAGACAUGAAGGAGGCGAUGAUGCAGCCAGUUCACGAUAUAUCUAUACUUGCCUAAAACCAAUAACACGUUUGAUUUUCCCAGCAGCUGAUGACGGAUUGCUCAAUUAUUUACAAGAAGAAAAUCAGCAAGUCGAACCUGACUGGUACUGCCCAGUUAUCCCCGUAGUUCUUGUGAAUGGUGCAGAUGGAGUGGCUACAGGCUGGUCUACCCAUGUGCUAAGCCACAGCAUCCUCGAAGUAAUUGAUAAUGUUCGCCGUCUAAUCGAUGGAGAUGAAAUUGAGAAAAUGAUCCCAUCGUUCUCCGGUUUCUCUGGGAAAAUCGAGGAGAUAGGCGAGAAUAGCUACGAAAUUAGAGGAAAAUUCAAGAUUAUUCCAUCACAUCGCAAAAAUGCAUCAAACCUGAGCAUUGAAAUAACUGAACUGCCUGUUGGCGAAUGGACGAACAGGUAUAAACAAAACACUCUGAAUGAUCUGCAAUCAAGAGGACUAAUAAGUGGAUUCAAGGAGUAUCACACUGAAAGGGGUGUUCGAUUCGUGGUGGAGUUAGGUAGAGAUUUCACCGCGCGCUGUCGAAAAACUGCUGGUCGGCAUUCGGAACUUAUGAAAAAGUUCAAACUAUCCACGACGAUAACGACAAAAUCGAUGGUCCUAUUCGACCCAUACGGUCAUCUCAAGAAGUACACUUCAGUAGCAGAUGUGAUGCAUGAACAUUUUCAAGUUCGAAAACAAAAAUAUAAGGAAAGGAAACAGUACGAAACAAAAAUGUUAGACGCUCAGAAGAGACGAGUUGAGAAUCAGCUAAGAUUCGUAGAGGCAAUUGUCAGUGGUGAUGUUCGUCCAAGUGGAAAAAGCAUGGCGGAAUUGGAAAAUGAAUUACUGAGCUUGGGUUUUGAAGUAGAUCCGAUGAGAAUAUGGAAGGAUAAGGAAGGUGAUCUUUCAUAUCUAACAAACCUACCUUUAAGUCGACUUACGGCAGAGGAGAUAGACAAGCUCAAAAAUCAAGUAGAGACAACACGAAGCAAGUUUGAGAAGACUGUCCAAACAUCGUGGCAAGAUUUAUGGAUAGCUGACUUGAGAGCUCUUCAACGGGAGGUGGACAAUUCUUCUCGAAACGCAUUAUAUUGA